AUGGCGUCCUUGGAUCACACUGGAACUGCCCAGCUGGGUGCAAGGCUGGCAACAGCUCUUGACUUGAUGAACGAAGCAGCCAGAUCAACUGCUCAUUUGGACCUUCCCAAGCUCGUCGCGGUCAUCAGCUCUACAUCUUCCACUCUCCAAAGCCUCUCUCAACAGGAUACUACGCUCUUCAAAUCGGGAUGCAUCAACGACAUUAACGCGCUUGCUGCCACGUGCAGGGUCGUCUACGAAGGCAUCCUCGUCCUUAUGACAAAGAAGGCAAGGCACUCGGAGGAGGAUCACGGCAUUGGUGAGAUGACGGAGGAGAAAGUCGACCACUUGUUCUCUUGUCUCAAGAACAAGCCCACUCUGUCCUACAAUUCCCGGGAAUGGCUGGGGCGUCGUCUCAGCCAUUGUGAACAAGAGUUGAAACAUGCUAAAUUCGAGCUUGUUCUACGUCUCCUUCUGGGAGAAAUUGCCGAAUUCCAGUUGAAGAGUUUCAAACGCUCGCCAGGUGACUACGAAAAGGAGAGUUCCAUGCGCCUUUCUGCGAAUCAUGUUGCUUCAAGUCGGCUUUCGUAUCAUAAGUAUCUUACGACGAAGCGGGAAGGCUGGCUCAAGGCUAUCGAGUCAUCUCCCCCGGUCGAGAGUCCUCCCGAAGAGGUGAAAAGCAGCGCAAGCUCUGUCACUGCGGUGGCUCCAACCCCAGUAGCCGAAGCGUCUCACAACAUCGUCGUAAACCCCGUUCCCGAAGAGGAUGAUGGCUACUCCACAUGUUCAGACAUGACUGUCUAUCCCGAUCCUUCAUACGGCGAGCGCAUCCGUCGCUUCUUUUCGGCAGUAUUCAGACGUCGCGAACGUGGCGACGAAUGGGAUGGGGAAGACAUCGAAGCUUGGAUCUUCAACAUCAACGACCCUAACAAAACUAUCACCAAAAUGGAAAUUGAAGAGAGGGCCCUUGUAUCUAGCCUACGAAAGCUUACGACUCGGAGUCUCUUCAACAGACCUCCCGUGUUGGCCGAUCAGCUCGCUUCUCUUGACCUCGCUGUUCGUACCGAGCUUAACAAGGCCAUCCUCUCGAUGAAGCGGCAUGGUUCUCAUGAGUUGACGUUGGUUGCCAUGGGGGCUACAAGACCAACCGCACCGGAUAGAAUACGCUCUUGGCUUCCUGACACCUCAGAGCCGUCGUUGACGCUUUACUUCAAGGUUGGGUGCCAGUUGAAGCCGAUUAACCUUGUUGAUCCACAUGGGACCAAGUUCACUUUGCCGUACAACAGUUGUCUAACCUACAUGAUGCUGACGGGUUGUCUCCCUGACAUGGCUCGAUCCAUCCCUUAUCGCUCAGCAAUUGUGAAUGGCAACUACAAGUUGUCCGCAGGAAAUACGGUUAUUACACUCGGCAAUUGGAGUUCUCUCCGCCGUCCCGGCAUGACUCUGAGGUUACAGGUCUGGCCGCCCACGCUCCCAGGCCCGGUAGUUCCCCCAUUCCCCAGAGACUUUCCUCAGAGACUUUCCCCAAAUCCUCAUUGGGUAGCUUUUGCGAAACAUCAGAAAGCCCGGAGAGAUAUCUUCCUGGAGGUGGACAACUUACUCAAACUUUCUCGUUCCUGGACACCAGAUGCAGAAUCGUUGAAGGGCUCGGGAAUUGGUCAUCUUCUUUGCUUGUGGACCAAUGCUGUUGACCCUGAUAAUGGGGAUGACAGUGAUGAUUCAAGCAUAAGGAGCUGGAGUAGUAGCGGGAGUAGCUCGAUUGCUGAUUGA